UUGACGCACGUUUUUGUUGUGGAGCGCGCCAAACACUGAGUGGAAGAGUGGAAGUGCUAAAACUAAGUAUUAAACGCAGCUCGGAGCUAAAUUCACAGUAAACAGGACAAAUGGCGUCUACAAGUAAAGCGCCACUACAAACCAGAAACUUACCAUGGGUUGAAAAAUACAGACCACAGAGACUUGAUGAUCUGAUCUCGCACAAAGAUAUCCUAAGCACCAUCCAGAGGUUUAUCAGUGAGGACAAGCUCCCCCAUCUCUUGUUCUACGGCCCCCCUGGAACUGGCAAAACCUCCACCAUCCUCGCUUGUGCCAAGCAGCUGUACAAGGAAAAAGAGUUCAACUCCAUGGUGUUGGAGCUAAACGCAUCAGAUGACAGAGGCAUUGAUGUUGUGAGAGGUCCCAUUCUGAGUUUUGCGAGCACCAGGACCAUCUUCAAGAAAGGCUUCAAGUUGGUGAUACUGGACGAGGCCGAUGCCAUGACCCAGGAUGCCCAGAAUGCAUUGCGGCGAGUGAUUGAGAAGUUUACAGAAAACACCCGAUUCUGUCUCAUCUGUAACUACCUGUCCAAGAUCAUCCCGGCUCUGCAGUCUCGUUGCACCAGGUUUCGCUUCGGCCCGCUCUCCCCGGACCAGAUGAUCCCUCGGCUGGAGCACGUCGUCCAGCAGGAGAGUAUUGACAUAAAUCCAGGUGGAAUGAAGGCCAUUGUGACCUUAUCAUCAGGUGAUAUGAGAAGAUCGCUCAACAUACUGCAGAGCACCUCCAUGGCGUACGGGGAGGUCACAGAGGACACGGUGUACACCUGCACAGGUCACCCCCUCCGCUCAGAUAUAGCGAACAUCCUCGACUGGUCCCUCAACAAAGAUUUCACCACAGCGUACAAGCAAAUCCUGCAGCUGAAGACUCUGAAAGGUUUGGCUCUGCAUGACAUCCUCACUGAGGUUCAUCUGCUCAUACACAGAGUGGACUUUCCUCCAGCGAUUCGGAUCGGUCUGCUCAUCAAGUUGGCUGACAUUGAACACAGGCUCGCCUCAGGAACUAACGAGAAGAUCCAGCUCAGCUCCAUGGUCGCAGCGUUCCAGGCGGUCAGAGACCUCGUGGUUAGCGAGGCUUCCUAGAUGCAUUUUACCCUGCAACGAAAUUCUGCUUCUUGACUGCCAAUCACAGGCGGAGACAAACAUUUCCAGCAAGUCCUUGGUGACUAUCAUCGCUGAUUGUUACUUUCAUGAUGAGAAAUCGGUGGAAUCAUUUACUUAUUUGCCCUUAAGUGUCCACAGCAUGAUUGUGCACCACUGUUCGUCAGAGUUUUUGAGCAGCAAAGAAACGAAAGCUCGCAGCUACAUUAGUCACUCACAUCUGCAUACGAAGUGAGCGAAAUGGAAGACAGUUUGUAACUCUAGUAACAAAAAAAAAAAAUCCUUUGGGCACUUAUAUGGACUCAAAAAGCUGUAAAUUUAGUCACCAUCGCAGAUCGACUUACUGUCACCGGUUCAUCCAUUUAAAUAUACACAAAGAGGUAAAAAGAUAAAGAAAUGUGUUAAACAGCAAUAUUACAAAUGCAACUGUAAGAAUAUGUCGUGGACAUGUACAUGUGUUUGAAUCUGUUUUAAUAAAACUAUUUCCUAUAAGUCCAGUUUUUGUUAUCUUAUAUUAACAAUUAAUAUGUGCAGAUACAACAAUACAGUAGUAGUGCAUUUGAUAAACACAGAAAUUAGAAAUACAUGAUAUUUACACAAUAAAUUAAUCGUAUAAAAUUGUAAGCAUGUGACCAUUGAGAUAUGCAUCGUCUUACAGUGGUAGUGCAAUAAAUGAAACCCUUAAUGUAGUAAUGUUGCAUCUAAAGUAGAUUGAAUAUGAGAUGCUUCCUAUGUU